GGUGAGGGAGGGGCGUGAGGGGCAGAGCCGAGCGGCCAGGGACUGCCGAGCUGCGGGCGAUGCAUCCUGCCUGCUGGAAGGUGCGGGAAGUCUGCUGUCUCGGCUUUUGUAAACGUGUAAUUAUUCUAGUAGUGAACAGCUCAGCAACUUCCUUGUGCCCCCCUGCUGUCAGCACCUGGGUGGCCUGCCCACCUCUGCACUUGUCAUCACACGUGACACACAGGGACAGUGCCUACCCCACACCUGACCUUGCGAUGAUCUGCCUGCUGCUUAGCACCUGGAAACCCAGCAGCCCUCCGCCCCCGGUGUUCCAUCACUGCAGAGGUCACACUGGACAUCUCCAGUUCCUUGGACCCUGGAUGUUCUGCUACCUAACUGACUUUACAAAGCUUAGACUUGUAUGGGCUAAUUGCCUUCAUUUUUAUUAUACUGGAGCAAGGAUUCCUCUCCAGCGAAAUUUAGCUAUUACUGAGAUGCCAGAGGACCUCAUCUGAUUUCAGAUGAACAAGAACUCCCAGAAAAGGAAAAAUGUGGUUUCAAAUUGUAAUGUCUUCCCCAGUGGUAUUUUAAAUGAAAAUAGCCUUUUAUGAUAAGGCCUAAAUCAUUGACUAGGUAGAACUUUAUUAUUUUGUCAAAUGGAAGUGACUGAGAUAUGGAUAGAUAAUGGUAGCUUUUAAUAUGAAAGUCUUAAUGUUUCACUUCUGUAUUUUUUGGUAAAAUGAAUGGAAAGAAUCUUGGUGUACACAUUUAAAGAAAGCUUCCUUAAGAGCUACAAAAUAGUAUUUGGUUUUAUAAUUUUUUUGCAAGAGAGCUAGGAAGUUGAGUGGUAUGAGUGGGAGUAAGGAGAAGCAUUGAAAAUAAAAGGAAGUAUUGAAUAAGAAUGAAGAACAAUGUCAUUAAGAAAGGACAAAAUAAUUAUACACAGUGGAAAGCAGAAUACUGUUGUCAAAGAGAAGGAACACUUAAAUGCUUGUGUGAAACUAAGAGACCUAGUAAUUAAAAUUAGUAAAAUAGUCUGCAGAAAAAAUAGGCACUUCCAAAAUCAUACUGACAUUUGAGGUUAUUUUAUAUCAUUCAUGGUAACCUAGAAACGGAAUUUUGGCCUCGGAAGAGAUUUUUUAUUUUAAGAAGACACAGUGUAAGUCCAUUUCUUUAUAGAUAUGGAAUCAGAGGCAUAGAGAAUUUAAGUGACUUCUUGUCAGUUAUAGAAUUGACAUGUGAACAAAUAGUCCCUAAUUUAUGGACCGUGGCAAGCUGGACAAUGGCUGUCCCAAGAUGUUCGCCCGCAUCACAAUCCCAAAACCUAUGCUGUUGUUACUUUAGAUAGUGAAAGGAGCUGUGCAGGUACGACGAAGUUAGGAAUAGUACUGCGCGGGAGCAAUGCAAUCACGGAGUCAUGGUAAGAGAGGUGGAAGGGUCAGGGAAGGGAAGCCCAAGCAAAGAAUUCAGUUCUCUCCCAGCACUUCUGGAAGAAUCAAAGCCUUGCCAACGUGUUGAUUGGAGCUCACUUCGGAUUUCUGACCUCCAAAAAUGUAGUAUAAUAACUUUGUGUUGUUUAGGUUCGUGUCAGUUUUGCACAGUGCAGUAGCAAAAGAACACAUGCAUUUUCCAUUUGAACAGCUUACUUUCUAUCUGUAGAAGAAACACAGGAGUUAUUGAAAGAAGUAGAGUAAUUCAGGAAUAACACCGAAAAUUCCAGUUGCUGCUACAGAUAAAUUGUGAUACAACUUCCAAAACCAACUACAGAUUAACAUAGGAACCACACAUACUAAUCCCGGUACCAAAAAACAAAACAAAACAAAA